CUUCCUGUCUUGCUGAGGGAGGGGACGGAGCUGACGGCUGGGAGGACGACAGGAGACAGAGAGACACUAAAGAGAGAGAGGGGAUCGGACCCGGGCUUCCACCGCUAACACCCCCGGGUUUUCUGCAGCUGCUGGAUUUGCCACCGAAUCGGAACAUGUCGACCAGUCGUCAGCUGAGUGAGAGCAGGGCCAUCCCGAGCAGGACGGUGCUGAUCAGCGACACAACGCAGCUACCUCACGACUACUGCACCACCCCCGGAGGCACUUUAUUCUCCACCACCCCCGGAGGAACCCGGAUCAUCUACGACCGGAAGUUCCUCCUGGACAGGCGCAACUCCCCCAUUGCCCAGACUCCACCAGCUCGCCUGCCUGUCAUCCCCGGAGUGACCAGCCAAAAUGUCCUACGUGAGAACCAGAAGAACGAGGCCAACAACCAUAUCAAAAAGCAUGAUGGCAAGCCCACAACCGGUGAUGAUGCCCAGUUUGAAAUGGACAUCUAACCGACUGGAACACCACCAGCAAAAAAGCAAAUGACCUGGCAUCACACGUGCCAGUGGCUUGGCUUGUAGAAACCAAUGUUGUGAGCCCUCAUGGCAGCCAUCUUCUUUCGCUCUCUGUCUCACUGCUGGAUGUAAUGUGUGUAAAGUAAACCAUGGGGAGUCAGUAUAUCAUGCAUACAGGUACAGUGUGGCCAACUCUGGAAGCUAUAGGUUUGUUUUGAAUAGAUUUCCAUGGUUAACCGUCGCUGUACAAAUCCACAACCACUCAGGCCUGAUUAUUAUGUACCCACACACAUGGUCCAAUAAGUUGACAUGCUCAAAUUUAAAGGUUUCUUAGCCCGGAUCUUCAACAGAACACAGUGUAAAACCCAUAAUACUCUGAUUAAUUGGUGAAGGAAGUGGUCGGUUUUAAAUACCGGCCUUAGAAUCAGUCAAAAGCUUUGAUAUUCAUAUUCAGCCUUUGGUUCUGCAGGCCUGUUUGUGAACAAUUCAGAACAAAUUGGAAGUGGUGCAAAUUCCACGGAUAUCCCAGUGUUAAAUUAAUGGGUGAAAUAUACAAUUUAAAAAAUCAUGAUGUUUUAUAUGCAUUUUAUCGUUGAAUACAGUUUGAUGUUAUUGACGGUUAUUAGUUUUGGAAUAAGCGCUGUCAAGCCUUUGAAUUAGUCGAGAAACCAGGAAACACUGUUUGAACCCAGGCUUGAUGGAGGCUUGUCCCUUAAUCUACAAAUCUGUCCCCAGUGUCCUUAAUGCAUUUUACGCUACCUGAUUCUGUUUGCGUGUCAUGUCUGCCCAUGCCUUACUCGACACGAGAUGCAGUAACUAUAAACCUAGGCUCCUUGUCAUCAAUUUGUACUUUCCAACAGAUGUUUAUUUUUUCACUGUAACAUUGAAUAGGUCACAUUGUACUUAGCACUUGAGAGAAAAACAAAUAGGUUUUUAUUUUAGUUUUUUUCCUUUCAUAAUUUCCUUCCUCAUGCAGCUCUGAAGUCUGAACGUGUGAUGACACUCGUGUCAUUCUGGGAUUCAGAUGGUGAUUGUGUUUUUGUUCCAUUUAAAAUCCAUUCAUUCAUUUCUCUGUGUGACUGGAACCACUGAAUGGCUGACACAAUAUCUCUCAUAGAUUUGAUUUAAUUUUCUUCUUUUUGGCUUUGUUAUUAACUCUGGCCAUGUUUGGUGAUGAGUACAUCGAGGGGUUUGCUUCAACCCGAUUUGCAUUGCACUAUUUUAAUUUUGCAAUUAAACUCUGUAUAACAGCAUCCUAAUUCAGAUUUCAUAUUUAUAUCAGAUCGGUUUGCUUUGACAAUGAGGGCUUUAACAUUGUGUUGAAAGAAAUGUGAAACAAAGUAACUGUUACCAUCCGUUUGGAUUUUAAACAACUUUUAUCUUCAGUGAAUCUCCAACCAGUGGACAUUGUUGCUGCAAGAUCAAUAAAGUUCUGUAACAAAGAAAA